UGUGAAUGCGAGCAAUGAAGUGCAAGACGCCAAAAUCAAUGGUGCCAAAAUCUCCGCCACCACUUCGGCCGAUGGUGAGUCGCAGAAGGACAAAACGAAGGAGGAUUUAAUCGACGAAGCGGCAAUGAUGAUCCUCAAUGGGGAGGACUUUACACUCGAGCCAACUACCACCAAGGCGCGCACAGGACGAAAUAAGGACCACGUGAAGAGACCGAUGAAUGCCUUCAUGGUGUAUGCUCAAGUGGCUCGCAAAUGGAUCUCAAAGUCGAAUUCCAAUCUGCAGAACUCGGAAAUUAGCAAACGCCUCGGUGAACUGUGGAAAAGGACACCAGAAGAGGCCAAGCGUGUGUUUAUUGAACGUGCCGAAGAGUUGCGUCAGGCGCACAAGAAGGAGCAUCCCGACUACAAAUACCAGCCGCGACGGAAGAAGUCCAAAUCCCUCUCCACGUCCACACACUCCAGAUCCACCUCCACGUCGUCGCCCAGCCACAGCCGGAGCUCGCGGGGCGCCAAGAGCGCCCAGGCUCAAAUGCAUGACGAUCUCGUCAUGCCGCCGGCAAAGUAUCAGGCCUCGGCCAUGCAGGACUUCGCAUACCACCACAAUCCCUACAGCGGCAAGUCCACGGCCACGGGCAAGAACUCGCCCUGCUCGCCGGGCAGCUCCAACAACUCUCUGCACUCCGAGCCGCAUCCGCUGACGCCGCCGGCGACGCCUUCCACGCUCAUGAACGCCUACAGAACGGCAUCUCCAUCGGCAUCCUUGAAUCUUCACACGCGCAACAAUUCCCCGAAGGAGUCGCAAUAUUCGCAGCGAGCUCAUGAGGAGUCCUCCGGAUUCAUGUAUCGCAGCGAUCUGGCGAACAUGCGUGGUGACUUCUACGCUUCCUCAUCGCCGAGUCGCGACACUUUCCUGCACAAGUAUCCGGUGAAUCCGCAGCCGGAUCCCUACAGAGCCUACCAGGCGACGACUCCCAACUACCAGUCCGCCAUGCUGGGCAACGCCUAUCUGCCCGCCGCGCCGCCGGCGCCGCAAUUCCCGCAGCCGCUGGACACGGAUGUGGAUCCGAAGGAGCUGGAGCAGUAUCUGGAGCCGCCGGCGGCGCCCAAGAAGGUCCCGUACGCCUUCAAAGGCGACGAGCCGAACCUCCUGGAGCUGCAGCCGACGCCAGCGCCCGCCGGCCUGGGCGACGUGGCGUCCUGCCACUCCUCCGGCGCCUUCAAUCCCAUGCUGGCGCUCCCCGAGUCGCCCGCCAACAUGUAUUACUUCGAAGUGCCGUAUCAGUAUCCGCACGCCUGGGAGAGCUACUCCAGCCCGCAAUCCUAG